UAAUAAAGUCUUCAGUUUGGUCGCUGAUUUUUCUUUCUCUCUUACAACGAUCACGACAAGAAACAUGACGAGCUCUGUUCGAGAGAAGAAGAUCAAGACCAACGGGAUUUGGUUAAACGUUGCUGAGAAAGGAGACAAAGAAGGGCCUUUGGUUCUGUUACUCCAUGGUUUCCCUGAGACAUGGUACUCGUGGCGUCACCAAAUCGAUUUCUUGUCGAGCAAAGGUUACCACGUGGUCGCUCCAGAUCUCAGAGGCUACGCUGACUCCGAUUCUCCUCCUAGCCACGAGUCUUACACAGUGAGCCACCUCGUCGCUGAUGUCAUCGGUUUGCUCGACCACUACGGCACUGCUCAGGCUUUUGUAGCUGGGCAUGACUGGGGAGCGAUCAUAGGUUGGUGUAUGUGCUUGUUUAGACNCAGUCAUGUGUUUCUCGUUGGUAGACAUCCUUUUUACUUAAGGCAACUCAUGAAACUAAAACGCAAGGAUUUCAGUUUCAGGACGUACGAAAUCCACGUGUAA